AGAUCUAGUUCGUCUUAAAAUAGCAAUAUAACAAGCUAAACAACUUUUGCAGUGUCACAUAGCAGAAUAGAAAGUUUUAGCUGGUGGUGUAGAGAUCACUGAGGAAUUGAUCCGGAGAAUGUCAGAAACAGACUUGGAAAUACCAGAUGUAAAUGGUUUCACGGCUCUUCACGUUGCUGGUCGUCAUGGGAAGAAGAUAGCAGAAUGCUUGAUUAAAAAGAAUCCGAAGUUACUAACCCUUCCCGAUCAGCGAGGAUUUCUCCCCAUUAUAGGGGCAUGUGCUUCUGGUGAUAAGGAUUUGACCAAUAUAACUUCAUUCAUCCCAAGUUCAUUGGCAUUCUUGCCAUAUAUGAUACAUGAUCAGCGUGCCAGUGUGUUUUUGUCUAAUAAAUAUUUUUUUGUUGAGAAAGCAGAUAUCUCAUUGUAUUUACUUCGGAAAUAUCCAAGCUUGGCCGUCACCAAAGACGAUCGCGACGUUACUCCGAUUCUAAAAUUGGCCAAUGAACCGUCUGCAUUCUUUAGUGGAAGUGGUAUUGGAUUUUGGCAACGUUUAAUUUAUCAUUGUAUAAAGAUAAACAAACACAGGUUUUCUAAUGAUGUCAGUUCCUCUAAUGAUGUUCGAAUUCCUCUUACUCACCAAGACCAGAAUGAAGAGAAAAACAUCAAAAUGCAAGCCUUUUUUGGACUUCGUGCAUUGGACUUAAGGCUUCUAAAGUUACCUGGAAUCAAGCAAAUUUAUGAUUUGAAGUUGAUCCAUACACUUUCGAUUGAGGUUCUAAAAUGUAUGUGUGAACACAUAACAACUUUAAAUCGCAAGGAAAGUGAAGAAGGUCUAUUGUUUCGUGCUUUCUUUCAAGCUAUCCAGAAUGGCAUGGAGGAGUUUGUGGUUGCAUUGUUGAAAGCCAGACCACAAAUAAUUAAGCUAGUUGCUACAAAUUCAAGAAACACUUUCAUGUGUGCACUUCAAUAUCGUCAAGAAAAAAUUUUCAGCUUCUUUUGUAGCAUUGAUGGAUGGAAGCCCCGUUUUUAUAGGACCGAUUGUUUCGGUAAUAAUUGCUUACAUAUAGCAGGUAUGUUAGCCCCUGACUUUCAACUAGCUUGCAUUUCUGGAGCAGCCCUGCAAAUGCAAAGAGAACUGCAGUGGUUCAAGGAGGUUCAAAACAUUGUUCCAGAGUGGUGUAAAAAAUCUAGAAAUAGAGAUGGUGAAACUCCUAGUGAUGUAUUUACAAAGAGCCACAAGGAAUUGGCAAAACAAGGGGAGAAAUGGAUGAAAGCCACAGCGCGUUCUUCUAGUGUUGUUGGCUCUCUCAUAAUUACCAUCAUGUUUGCUGCAAUUUUAACUGUUCCUGGUAGUAACAAUCAGGAAACUGGCGUUCCCAUUUUCUUGCGUAAAAAAUCAUUUAUGGUAUUCUUGAUAUCAGAUGCAAUUUCCCUCUUCACUGCAUCCAUCUCAGUGUUGAUGUUUCUGGGAAUCCUCACAUCGCGUUAUGCCGAGGAAGACUUUUACAAGUCCUUACCUCAGAAGUUGAUUUUGGGCCUUUCAACACUCUUCAUCUCUAUAGCAACAAUGAUGGUAACAUUUUCUUCUGCUCUUAUAAUUAUGGUACAAGGCCGUCGGUCAGUAAUUCUUCCAAUAAUUCUGCUAGCUGCUCUUCCUGUCACUCUUUUUAUGUGGCUGCAAUUUCCGCUCCUUGUUGAAAUUUUUAUUUCAACCUAUAGACCAGGAAUCCUUGUUAAGACAAAGAAGCAGUGGCAUUAGCACAGUAAAUGUGUCCAAUUUGCUCAUCAUGUAAUCUUCGAACUUAUAUUAGUAAUACAUGCUCCUAAUCAUGUACUGUGUGUUUCGGAACUAGCUCAUUUCUCCAUAAAUUCAAACUUUCUAUUCACAUUCACAAAUACAGAUCACAACCAUCUGUAGAUCAAAGCAAUAGCAUAUGCUUUUGUGAUUCAUUUCGAUAAUAACUUCCAUAUAUAAAUAUAAAGAAUUAUUGUUU